AUGUCUUUUAAAAAAUUAUAUACACUGCCCCCUAAAGCUCCUGCUUCAAAUAUGUUUAGCUUCACAAAAAAUAUUAAAAAUGAGUCAAGUCUAGAAUGUACAUUUGUCCACAAUUUUUGUUCACCAAGCACUUUUACAAUAUCUGACAUAUCAUCGUUACAAACUAUAUCCAACAAUGUUAAUUUGUCCCCUAUAAUAUCAAAAUAUAUUGUUUGUCAAUCAAAAUAUUUUAAGUCGUCUUCUUCAGCAAUACCUGGAACAUUUGAAAAUUUGUCCUCCGUAAUAUCAACACCAAUCGUUUCUGACUCCAAACUCUCUCUAGAACGAACAUAUUCUGCUAACAUUUCCAGUUCAUAUUCGUCCUGUACGGCUGCACUAGAUGUUAAAAAUGUCGGUGAAAAUUUGUCCUCCGUAGCAUCAACAUUAGUCAUUUCAGACUCCAAAUUCUCGCCAGAUCGUACUUAUUGUGAAAACAUCUCCAGUUCAUCCUCGUUCAAUAAGGCCAGACGAGAUGUCAAACGUGCCGGUGAAUAUGUGUCCUCCGCAGUACAAGCACCAGUUAUUUCAGACUGCAAAUUCUCUCCAGAACACACUUAUUGUAAAAAUAUUUCCAGUUCUUCCUCGUCCUAUAAGGCAACACCAGGCGCAUCUCCAAAUAAUAUUACAUCUGUGAAAGUUAUAAACUCUGUCAAUAAUAUCGACGAUAAUUUGUCCUCUGCAGAAUCAACACCAACAGUUUCUGACUCCAAAUUCUCGGUAGAGCGAACUUAUUCUGACAACAUUUCCAGUUCAUCCUCGUCCAAUGCGGCAACACCAGAUGCCAAAAAUUUCUGUGAAAAUUCGUCCUCUGAAGUAUCAACACCAAUCGUUUCUGCGUCUAAAUGCUCACUAAAUCGUACAUUUUCUGACAAUGUUUCCACCUGA